CGACCGGGCCAGGUGCUCCUGGACUACGCGAAAACGUUUGACGCGGAGGAAGCCGCCGCGCUCUCCGAUGCGCUCGUGGCGCUGGAGAGGGACACCGGGUGGAAGUUGCGGGUCGUCACCGGGUACGGAUCGGAGUACCCGAGCGUGGACCAGCUGUUCAAGUACUUCGCGGCGGACAGGAAGACGAUCUUGAUGACCGCGGAUGAGUUCAAAGGUAAUGUGAUCGAGUUUUACUACGACACCUCGUCGCUGCGAGACGUCGUUCCAAAGAACGUGUUCCAGGAGAUAAGGGGCCGGUACGGUAACAAGUACUACACCGACGAGGAGGGUUUGGCGCCCGCGGUGUACACCGCGGCGGACACGCUGAGGGGAUGUCUGGCCAAAGGCGGGUGCAAGUUUGUGCCGGGUUUGAGUCAACAGCAGCGCGAGUUCUCGCUCAUCGCGGUCACCAGCGGCGGGUUCCUCUUCGGGGCGGUGGCGCGGGGAGGCGUGAGCGCGUGGACGUGGGUGUUUUGCGCCAUAUGGGUGCCGUGGGUGGGAAUGUUCGGGUUUUAUCCCCUGUACGUCAGGCAGCCGGAGGACCUGACUCCUUUGUAUCAAAACGCGGGAAUAUUCGCGGCGAUCGCGGCGGCGACGGCGCUCUCGCCGGUG